AUGGACUUUUUGUAUAAUAUGUCAUUUUUUCCAGUUUUUUUCUCCAGCCCAUAUACAUUAUGAUAUAGAGUAAUUCGUCGUGGUUGUAUCAUGUCCAGACCCUAGAGCCAGAGUUCAACGUGAUUCAACCAACUUCGAAUAUAUUAUAUUAUAACCAUCGUGGUAUAAUUAUUAGAAGAUAAUAUCUGUUAUUAUACAAUUUCUUAAUACUGUUCGAUUAAACAUUUUUGCCAUGGAACACAAUGGCAAGUAUAAAGGUCCGGCCCAGGAAAACAAUAGUGAGAUUAUGAUUAAUGAUCGAGACACUCAGUUAUGCAUAAUCAAGAAGCCAAGUAAUGGCCCAAAGGAUUCCAAACCAGACAACGGUAGUGAUAGCAUUUUUCCAUUGUCUAGUAAUGUAAUUAAGCACUCAGUUAAUAAAAAUGAUGAUAGCUCAAAUACAAAUAGUGGUAAGAGGAACAUCAAUGACAGCGAUGUACCAACAACCGUUACUGAAAAUGAUGAAAUCGCAAACGCUAGGAAAGUAGCAGCGUUUGUCAGGAAAGUAUUGCACAGUGAAGUACCAGAUGAGAAGAUGGAAUGGCCAUUAUGUUUAUUGAUUGAAUCCAAUCGGUCAGUCAAAAUUUCUCCACAAGAGCUUCAAAGCAUGAUCUUAAAUAAAGCUGCUGAAGUCAUGGCCACACAUGGCAAAUCACAUAUUGCAAAUCAAAUGAUUAAUAUAUCAGUUUGUAAAGAACAACAACGCUCAUAUUAUAAAAAAUACAAACAAUUAUUAAACUAUAUAAAUACCGUAAAUUCCGAACUGGAACUCUUGAAUAGAGUGCCUGACAAUGAAGUUACUCAUGUUAGAACUGUUGGAACAAAUGUGAAUAUGCCCGAAAAAAAACAAUUGUAGUGUUAUAUAUUGUUGUUGUAUAUUAAUUAUAUUAUUGUUCUAUAACUAAGUUUCAUUUUCCUAUAAAACAGAAAUAUAAUUCUUCAUCAUCAUUUUUGUGACUAAGUUACCACUUAUUAAUAAAUAUUUUUUAUACUUA